AAGUCGAAUUGGAUUUAUGUAUGUAGCUUCUACUGGCCUGAAUAUUUUCUUCGAAGCUUAUUUACGACGUUUCUCAUUGUCUAUGCUAUAGAUACGCAUCCCGAGCGAUACAUACGGUAUAAAGCUUUUAGUGACAAAUGUAUAGUAAAAAUGAAGGAAAACGCCGUACUUAAGUGGCAAAAAGUGUACAAUCCCACCGGCCCCCAGCCCCGACCUCGCCAUGGUCACCGCGCUGUCGCCAUCAAAGAUUUGAUGAUAGUUUUCGGCGGUGGUAACGAAGGUAUCGUUCACGAGCUUCACGUCUUCAACACCACUACAAACCAAUGGUUCGUGCCCGUCACCAAGGGGGAGGUGCCUCCGGGAUGCGCCGCAUACGGCUUCGUUGUCGACGGAACGCGUCUGCUGGUUUUCGGCGGCAUGGUGGAGUACGGCAAGUAUUCUAACGACCUGUACGAACUGCAAGCCUCCCGGUGGGAAUGGAAACGUCUGAAGCCGCUGCCGCCGAAACAGGGCUUGCCGCCGUGUCCUCGCCUCGGGCACAGCUUCACUCUACUCAACGGCAAGGUGUACCUGUUCGGUGGGCUGGCCAACGAGAGCGACGACCCGAAGAACAACAUCCCGAGGUACCUCAACGAUCUGUACACCCUCGAGCUGUAUCCCAGCUCCUCGAUGACGGUGUGGGACAUCCCGCUCACCUACGGACAGUCCCCUCCCCCGCGCGAGUCUCACAGUGGUGUUUCAUAUACAGACAGGCACAGUGGCAAAUCUUCACUUAUCAUAUACGGAGGCAUGAGCGGAUCCCGUCUUGGCGAUUUGUGGGUUUUAGAUGUAGACAGCAUGUCAUGGUCCCGACCUGAAGUGGGGGGACCGGCGCCACUGCCGCGCUCUCUGCACACAGCCACUGUAGUUGGCCACCACAUGUACGUAUAUGGUGGCUGGGUGCCGCUGGUACCUGAUGAAUCCAAGCUAGCCACCCAUGAGAAGGAAUGGAAAUGUACUAACACUCUUGCAUCACUAAAUUUAGAGAAUAUGACAUGGGACAACAUAGCUCUGGACAAGUUUGAAGAUUGUGUUCCAAGAGCGAGAGCCGGCCACAGUGCAGUCGCUAUACAGACAAGACUUUACAUAUGGUCAGGGCGAGAUGGAUAUAGAAAAACAUGGAAUAACCAGAUUUGCUGCAAGGAUCUGUGGUAUUUGGAAGUGGGUGUGCCUCCUCAAGCGGGUCGGGUGGCGCUGGUCCGCGCGGGCACGACGUCACUGGAGCUGUGCUGGCCGGCCAUGAACACGGUCACCACCUACGUUUUACAGGUGCAGAAAUGUGGCAAGGUGGCGCCGGCGAGGUUCCCGGCCGCCGCGGAACCGGUGGCCGCGCCGCCGCCCGCCUCGCCCUCCACGCAGCCCGAUGCGGCUAAAGCCUUCGGCCUCACCUCUCCUACAUCCAUCGGCCUGCCACCCUCACCUAUGGAGAUGCCCGCGCGCGCCGUGCCCGUCGUCGCCGCCGCCUCCCCUGUAGCCUCGCCUGUCACGACGCCACAGAAGAUCAUGUCCGGCGCUAUAAAGGUUCCCGCUCAGGCCGCCGUCAAGAUAUCUCCCGGAACGCCCGCGCUCAAACAAGCGACAUACCAUGGCAAGACAGUAGUAAAGUCUCCGGCCGGCUCGUCGCAGAUUAAGGUUGCGGCUGUGACGCCGCAGGGCGUGACGCGUAUAGUCAGCGCGGCGAGCACGCCGGGUGCCGCAGCCACCGCGCGCGUCAGCACGGCUCCGGCGCAGCUCGUGCUCGGCUCGGCCGCGGGCGGAACUCCACGCUUCGUACAAGUCAAGGCGGGCGGAGCGGCCGGCGUUCCUGUUAAACUAGGAGCCGGGAGCGCCGUCAAACUGGCUGGCGGACAGGUUCCCCUCAAGCUGGGAGCGGCCGGCAUCCAGGGCAUGCAAGGCAAACUGACGACGAGCGGCAUGCAAAAGGCCGGCGGCGUACUCAAACUAGGCGCCGGCAACGUCAAAAUCGGCACUAGUAACGUCUUAGUAAAAACUGCGGGCGGCAUGCCAGUGCAAGCGGGCGCGGGAAUACACAAAGUCGCCGGCGGAGUACCCGUUAAACUUGGCGGCGCUGGCUUACCUGUCAUAAGCAGUGGCGGAACGUUACAGCUCGCCGGCUCGCCGCUUCAAGGGCAACACAAGGCGCCAGUGUACAAGAUCGUCACAGCCAAAUCUGGUGAGCAGACAGUCACAGCGACGACGGCGGCGGCGGCCGCGGCGAGCGGCGCGGUGAUGCGGUCCGCCGGCGGCAACGCGGGCAUCCCCGUCAUUAUAAAGAAGACACCUGGCGGCGGCGCGCAGGCCUCCUCGGCCCCGCAAUACGUGACUUUAGUGAAGACCUCAACAGGCAUGACUGUAGCGACGAUGCCGAAGGUAGCUAUGAUGCAAAACCGACCCUCAGCGCCCGCGGGCGCGGCGUCCAGUACGGGCAUCGCCCCGGGCGCCACCAUUGUAAAACUAGUGUCUGCUAACACUGUAGGUGGCAACAAGAUCAUCACCCUGCCCUCUAAUAUGCUCCAGUUAGGCAAGGCAGGAGUUGGCGGCAAACAGACCAUCGUCAUCACCAAGUCAGCUAGUCAGGGCGCGCCGCCGGCCCCGCCGCAGUAGCACCAGUGAUUAUCUAACUUGUAAAUGUCUGUGAAACACUAUUAGUGAUUCGGUUGAACUAUAGUAUAUUUUAAAAUCAUAAUAUAGUUUAUGAGUUUUUUUUAUAUGUUAUAUGGGUCUGUGUAGAAAGUGUCCUCAUAGAGUUUUUACUAAAAUAUUUUAAUAAACUCCUAAUAUAAACAUUAUUGUAAUGUCCUGAUUUCCGCUCAUGUGUUAACUGAUUAAUGUUGAUCUGUCUUGUACCAUGAUGUAUUCCUGGAUGUGGCAGCAUACGCUGUUUUUCUAUGUGUGAUUCUGUAGAGUUGCUUACAUUGUGACUUGAUUUGACUUAUGUGAAAGUGCCUACCGAGCAAUUCGAAUCUUGCCACAUGCAUUACAACGGGCAAGAAUUGUGUAGAAUUGUCUCUUAACUUAUUAUUAGUUUAUAUUUCUAUUAUACAUAUAAAUAUUUUUUUACAAUAAUCAUGUAUUGACAAGUACAUCUCAUCUGUAAAUCAACUGGCAUUGUCUGAUUUGCUAAUCUAAACAGAAAGGACAACUUGAAUGUUCUGUCUUCCUCGUAAUGCUGAAAUUCUUAAAGUUCAUGUAAUGAUUUUAAAACCUUUGAAUGAGACGGUGUUUAGGAUGCUAGCUAUAAUUUGAAUAUUUAUGUUCUGGAGAAUGUUCCUAGUGGCUGCCUCCCCGGAGCCCACCAAGUGGGCUCCCGCAGCCACUAUGAACAUGAAGUCAGGACUUGUUUCUUAGUUUUAUUCAAAUCACGACAUAAUAUGCACUACUAUUUAAGUUUUAUAUGACAAGACGGGCAAGACGGUCUCUGGUGUUGGUAUGUUGUCCUCUGAUUAGCUGUGGGACCCCUGAGGCUAUUUUAGAUAUUGACUUGAUUUCUAAACCAACACUUGAGAUGGGUUUCAUUCGUCUAUCACCGGUAGAUAGACCGAUCAGUUGCGAAGGCACUUCCAAUAUUAUUUCAUUAUGACAAUUUUAUUGAUAAACAUUAUCAAUAAUUGUUCUGUAAGAGAUACCCGACAUAAAAAUGCAGAGUAUUAUUGUGAAAAUCUUAGAUUCUAUUAGGGUUUGCUCACAAGGAUGUAUGUCAAAUUAUUUAUUUAGAUUUUCUAUUUCACUGUAAUUAUAUUGUUGUAAAUAGUAGGUGUGCGGCGGUCGAUUAGGUACGUUUACAGAUAGGUAUUCCACUGCCAGUGGUCGGUUGCGCAAUUGUCAUGCCUACGUACAGUCGCUUUCAAUUUCGGUAUAAAAAAUAUGUCAUCAUAUCAUUCAUCGCACAGAUGAUGCCGCCUUUGGGUGAUCUAAAAAUACUCCUAUAAGAGAAUAGUGGACUGAACUUGAGACCGACUGCACGCAACUCACACCGCGUUGCUAUUUUACAAAUUUUAUUGUUGUCUUAAAUAUUUGAAUAUGUUCUCGUGAUAUGAUGUAUUCUGCAUUUUUAUACGUAUUGUUUAUUUAGUAUAAGUUAGGUAUACGUAUAGAAUAAUCACUAUCGAUAAGGUAAGCGAGGUAUGGAAUGUAAAUAUCAUUAAGUAGGUAAAUUUAAUGUUAUAGUUUGUUCAUAUUAUGUUCAUUUGCUUGAAUAAACGAUUUGGAUAAAA